AUGCCGCGCAAGGCAAUUGAUUCGCGAAUCCCCACCCUGAUCCGAAAUUGUGUCCAGGAGAAGAAGCGCAGCUUUUUCGUAGUGGUCGGUGACCGUGCCAAAGAUGUGAUCGUGAAUCUCCACUAUAUCAUGUCCAGUGUCGAUGUGAAGCAGAACAAAUCUGUGCUGUGGGCCUACAAGAAGGAUCUUCUAGGCUUUACCAGUCACCGCAAGAAGCGUGAGGCAAAGAUUAAGAAGGAAGUCAAGUACGGUAUUCGGGAAGCCAACCAGGAGGAUCCCUUCGAGCUGUUCAUCACCCUCAAUCAAAUCCGCUAUGUCUACUACAAGGAAACAGAGAAGAUCCUGGGUAACACCUAUGGCAUGUGUAUUCUGCAGGAUUUCGAAGCCAUGACCCCGAACCUUUUGGCGCGCACAGUUGAGACGGUCGAGGGUGGUGGCAUGGUGUUGCUGCUGCUCAAGAGCAUGAGCAGUUUGAAGCAGCUGUACACAAUGUCCAUGGAUAUUCACUCCCGGUACCGAACAGAGGCGCACGACGAUGUUGUUGCUCGCUUCAAUGAGCGUUUCAUCUUGUCUCUAGGAAGUUGUGCUUCCUGCUUGGUUGUGGAUGACGAGUUGAACGUGCUGCCUAUCUCCGGCGGCAAAAAUAAAGAAUUAAAGGGAAAGGAAUCGGAGAAGAAUACGCCGAGCCUGUCGGAAAUUAAGGAGAGCUUGGAGGGUACAGAGCCUCUUUGCUCGCUUGUGAAGGUUGCUAAGACGGGAGAUCAAGCGCAGGCGCUCUUGGGCUUCACCGACGCAAUUACUGAGAAGACACUGAAGACCACAGUUGCCUUAACUGCCGGUCGUGGACGAGGAAAGUCGGCUGCCCUUGGUCUUGCCAUCGCAACAGCCAUUUACCACGGAUAUAGCAACGUCUUCAUCACCUCACCGAGCCCCGAGAACUUGAAGACACUGUUUGAGUUCGUAUUCAAGGGUUUCGAUACGCUUGGAUAUACUGAUCAUCUCGACUACACCAUUCUUCAAUCGACCAACCCUGAUUUCAACAAGGCCAUCGUCAAGGUCAACAUUCACAUUCACAACAAGCACCGCCAGACCAUCCAGUACAUUCAGCCGCAGGAUGCACAUGUCCUCGGACAGGCUGAGCUCUUGGUUAUUGAUGAGGCUGCUGCCAUUCCCCUGCCUCUGGUUCGCAAGUUGAUGGGACCUUACCUAAUCUUCAUGGCCUCCACCAUCAACGGUUACGAAGGAACCGGUCGUUCGCUCUCUCUGAAAUUGAUUCAACAGCUUCGUGAGCAAUCCCGAAAUGGUGGCAAGAGCGACGGUGCCGACGGCACCGACGUGGCAGACCGAAGCACUGGAAAGGCUUCAAAGAACUCGGGCAUGAAUUUCGGUGGCCGAAAGCUCAAGGAGAUUAAGCUCCAAGAGCCCAUUCGAUAUGCUAAGAAAGAUCCUGUCGAGCAGUGGUUGAGCCAGGUCCUGUGCCUGGGUGCGACUGACGUUGACGAAGCGGAGAAGGAGUCGAUGAGAGAAAUCAUGGGAACAAAGGCCUCCUUAUCUCUGGACAAGUAUCAACUGCUACAGGUUAACCGAGAUACCCUGUUCUCAUUUAACCCUGUUUCGGAGGAGUUCUUGCAGAAGAUGAUUAAACUUUAUGUCUCCAGUCACUAUAAGAAUACUCCCAACGAUCUUCAGCUCAUGAGUGACGCACCUGCACAUCAGCUCUAUGUGCUUGUCCCUCCAAUUGACGAGAAAUCUACAAAGGUGCCCGAACCUCUUUGUGUUAUUCAGGUUGCUCUUGAGGGCCGUAUCAGCAGACAGAGUGUCCUCAAUAGUCUUAGCCGUGGCCAGCGAGCCGGUGGUGAUCUGAUCCCUUGGUUGGUUAGCCAGCAGUUCCAGGAUGAAGAUUUUGCCACUCUCUCUGGAGCCCGAAUUGUUCGUGUUGCCACACACCCCGAUUGUACAGGCAGGGGACUCGGUAAGCUCGCCAUACAGCUCCUGGUCGAUUUCUUCGAGGGCAAGUUCACUAGCCUGGAUGAGGGUAUGAUUGCUCCUCAGGAAGAGAUGGUCCGUGUCACGGACGAAGAGCUCGCCAACGCGAACCUUCUGGAUGACGAUGUGCGCGUUCGCAACAUCCACACCAUGCCCCCUCUUUUCACUAGGUUGACAGAGCGUCGCCCUGAUGCCCUCGACUACAUUGGUGUCAGCUAUGGCCUUACACACUCUCUUCAAAGGUUUUGGAUGAAGUCUUCCUUCCACCCAGUCUACCUGCGUCAAACUCCUAAUGAGCUCACUGGAGAGCACUCAUGCGUGAUGCUUCGCACUCUGGCUACCGGUACCAACGAUGCCGCUUGGUUGGGAUCUUUCUCCCGUGACUUCCACCGCCGAUUCCUUGCUCUGCUCUCUUACCAGUUCCGCCAAUUCCCCGUUAUCCUUUCUCUGAUUAUUCGUGAAUCUGCCAACGCCGGUGCUAAGCUCGAUACCGCAACCGCUCCGCGUCCCUUGAAGAAGGCCGAUCUUGAUGCUGAUUUUUCGCCCUUCGACUUGAAGCGCUUGGAUAGCUACGCAAACAACCUCCUGGACUACCACGUCAUUAUGGAUAUGAUUCCCCGGAUUGCUGAAUACUACUUCUCCGGUCGUCUGGGUGACAAGGUUAAACUCGGAGGUCAUCAGAUGGAGAUCCUGCUCGGUAUUGGUUUGCAGCGCAAGACUGUGGAUGAUCUCGAGAAGGAGCUCCCCAUUCCCGCCUCUCAAAUUCUUGCCCUCUUCCUCAAGGCAAUGCGCAAGAUUUCCAGGCACUUCCGUAGCAUCGUCGAGGGUGCCGUUGCCGAGUCCAUGCCCGCAGAGCAAAAGUCUUUAGAGCCCGCAGGUGGUGCCCAUGAUGAUGAUAUUAUCGAGGACCGCUUCAAACCGCUGGAUACUGGCCUAGACGAGGAGCUCAAGGAGGGUGGCCAACAGAUUGACGAUGAAAUGCGCGAGAAGCAGCGUGCGCUGAUUGAUUCUCUCCCUCUGGACAAAUACGCCAUUGAUAGCGGCUCCGCAGCUUGGGAAGAUGCUGAAAAGCAAAUCCGCAAUGGCGGUGCUGCUACUGUCAGCGUGAAGUCUAAGCCGUCGAAGCGAAAGAAGGGCGAGACUGCUCGUGAGAUCUUCGACAAGGAAGUUGAUGCAAAGAGACAGAAGAUGAUCAAGAAGGGCACCGAGGGCCGCAAAAAAUAG